UAUUUAUUUGUAGUCUAUUUUUUCACACAUGCAAGCAUAGGGUUUGCUUUGCAGGUACAAUAGGAGAGAAAGAUAUAUAAAGAAAAAAGAGAGAUCUUUUUGUUGGAGGUUUGAACAAUGGCUGGUGCAGUUAUUGGUGAUGCAGGAGCUGGAAAAAGGGCUCAUCUUUAUGAGUACAAAAUCACUGCUUACUUCAUCUUUGCUUGUAUUGUUGCUGCUCUUGGAGGGUCUCUUUUUGGUUAUGAUCUUGGUGUUUCUGGGGGAGUGACUUCCAUGGAUGAUUUCUUAAAAGAAUUCUUCCCAAAAGUGUACAGAAGAAAACAAGCCCAUAUCAAUGAGACCGAUUACUGUAAAUAUGACAACCAAAUCCUCACUCUUUUCACUUCCUCUUUGUAUUUUGCUGCCCUCGUCUCCACAUUCGCAGCCUCAGUCCUAACCCGAAAGAAGGGAAGGAGGGCUAGCAUCCUCUUCGGAGCAGUCAGUUUCUUUUUAGGAGGAAUUGUCAACGCCUUUGCAAAGCACAUUGCUGUGCUGAUCAUUGGCAGAACGCUUUUAGGUUUUGGCAUUGGAUUUGGAAACCAAGCAGUUCCCCUGUAUCUUUCAGAAAUGGCACCGCCAAAAGUGCGAGGAGCAGUGAACCAACUGUUUCAACUAACAACCUGCCUCGGGAUUUUGGUAGCUAACUUCAUCAACUAUAGAACCGAAAAGAUCCAUCCUUGGGGAUGGAGAUUGUCCCUCGGUUUAGCCACAGUCCCAGCCACUUUGAUGUUUGUUGGCGGUCUUUUCCUUCCCGAGACCCCCAAUAGUCUUGUAGAACAAGGCAGAUUAGAAGAAGGUAGACAAGUACUAGAGAAAGUGAGAGGUACCAAGAAUGUUGAUGCGGAGUUUGAUGACCUCAUUGAUGCGAGCAACGCAGCACGGGCCAUAAAACACCCAUUCAGGAACCUCCUCAAGCGAAAGAAUCGCCCACAGUUGGUUAUCGGUGCUCUGGCAAUACCUGCUUUCCAACAGCUCACUGGGAAUAACUCCAUACUCUUCUAUGCCCCUGUAAUAUUCCAAAGUUUGGGGUUUGGUUCAGGAGCUGCUCUAUACUCAUCUACCAUUACAAGCGCAGCCCUUGUUGUGGCUGCAUUGAUAUCGAUGGCAUUCGUCGACAAGUUUGGUAGAAGAGCCUUCUUCUUGGAAGCUGGAGCUGAAAUGAUAGCCUGCAAUGUGGCUGUGGCCGUUACUUUGGCUCUGAAAUUUGGGCAAGGCGUUGUGCUGCCAAAAGGGAUUGGCAUCUUCCUGGUGGUUGUCAUUUGCCUAUUCGUCUUGGCGUAUGGACGGUCAUGGGGUCCUCUGGGAUGGUUAGUACCGAGCGAAAUCUUCCUGGAAACAAGGUCAGCAGGCCAAAGCAUGGUGGUCUGUGUCAACAUGAUCUUCACUGCUCUCAUUGCGCAGUGUUUCCUUGCGGCUCUCUGCCACCUCAAGUAUGGUAUCUUCUUGCUGUUCGCUGGCUUGAUUUGCAUCAUGAGUGCCUUCAUCUUCUUUCUCUUGCCAGAAACAAAGCAAGUUCCCAUAGAGGAGAUACAUUUUCUGUUUGAAAGUCAUUGGUUCUGGAAGAGAUAUGUUACUGCUGCCGAUGAUGACGACGAUAAGAAGGCUGAGCAGCAAGCGUGAGAUCAUGCGCUUCUGCCACGAAAUCAUUGUAACGAGUUGGGGAUUCAAAGAUUGUUCAGUUUCAAAAUAAUUUUUAAUUUGGGGAAUUUUUUUUCUUUUUUUGGCAAUUUUGUGUGAUUAAUUAAAGGAAAAUUUAAGACAUGUUUUAUUGAAUCAGAAACUAGUUUAUGUUUAUCCUUAUUUAUUUGGGAAAAUCAGAAAGGUACAGAAAUUGUUCACAA